ACCAAACAAGCACGCGCGCGGUGCGCAUGCGCCAGCCGCAAGGCAUCCCGGGAAGGAGACCUUGACCGCAGGUAACCCCACAGCUGACCGGAAGUUUACGAAGAAGAUGGCGUCUGUUCUGCCGCGGAUGGUGUCUGCCUCGGACGUGGCAAGGGUCCUGACCUACGCUGACCUCGUUCCCGCGAUGGAGCGGACGUUAGCGGACUUCUCCCGCGCAGACGGGACAGUGGUCCAGCCGGUCAGGACGGUCAUUCCUGUGGAACAGCAUCAGGGGUUUUUCCUGGUGAAACCUGGUUACCACGUAGCCGGUAACACCAUGGCCUGUAAACUGCUGACUCUGUACCCAAACAACACGGACCGACCCUCACACCAGGCUAGCAUUGUGCUGUUCGAUGCCACCAACGGAUCACCUCUGGCUGUAAUGGACGGGGGACACAUCACAGACAUGAGGACAGCAGCCGCCUCUGCCGCAGCAACAAAGCACCUAGCCAGAGACUCCCCCCGUGUCCAUGCCAUACUGGGGACUGGGCAUCAGGCAUACAGUCACUUCCACGCACUCAAUCAUCUCUACAAGUUCGACCAGGUGCGUGUGUGGGGCCGGACUCAAGCUAACGUUCAAAAGUUUGCAGCAGAAACGGGAGCGACGCCGUGUGCCACUGUGGAGGAAGCUGUGAGGGAGGCUGACAUCAUCACAACUGUCACCAUGUCCAGAACUCCUGUACUACAGAAGGACUGGGUCAAACCUGGCAGCCACAUCAACGUUGUUGGAGCGUGCAGACCAGACUGGCAGGAGCUAGACCCAGAGUUGAUGCUCAGUGCUGUGGUGUAUGUGGACAGUAGUGAGGCUGCACCAAAGGAGUCUGGAGACAUCAUUCUGUCUAAGGCUGAAGUGUAUGGAGAGGUCGGGGAGGUCAUCUUAGGGAAGAAGGAGGCCUUUAAGGACAAGACAACCAUCUUCAAGUCACUCGGAUUGGCCAUAGAAGAUGUGGUGUCAGCUCAACUGGUGUACGACAAACUCACAACCUCAUGAACAGUCUUCCCGAACAACUGCCUUAACAGUCUUAGCAUGAAAGUUCAUCUGUGUUGGUAUCUAACAUUAUGACAACGGUUAAACUUUACGUAACUAAAAUUUGGGGUAAGUCCCAAUUUACUUGGUGUUGGUUACGUAAAGUUUAACCGUUAUGAUAAUGCCUUAACAAUCAUUGUUGAAUUUUACUACAUGUAUAUAAUUGUUUUAUUAGUAAAAUUAUACGCAAAGAACAUGUACUAUGAGUAUUAACCUUCAUAUGGCUAUAAUUAGUUAGCAGCUUCCUAGACCAAGCAAGAAAUUUUUUGGACAUAAGUGGCAGUUUAAAAUGAAUUAAAUAUUUAUUAUGCAAGUAUGCAGCUUCACUCAAAAGCAAUGUGCCUUA